AUGAUGGAGCAAAGGCAGAAUGCCGUUUAUCCUAAUUUGUCGGAUUUAAUAUACCAACAGAAUAUAGAUCGACUGAGUAUCGAUGACGAGAAAUUCGGCGAUAACUUCGCCGAGGGGGAUAGAUACGGCGAGAAUAUAGAUACGCCGACGUCGCCAGUUUCCUUGGAAGAGGAGGACAGUUCUUCGGCUUUCGGAGUCGAUUUGACGGGGAAGGGGACUAAUUUGGGCGGGAAAUCCUUCACCAUAGCGGCCAUCUUGGGCUUGACUAACUCCGAGGAGGAUGUGAUGAAUCUCAGCGUGCAGGAACGGCUUCAUCAGAACCAGAGACAAUUGCAGAAUUACCUGUACGCGGGUCACGAUGUGCAGAGGCUCAGCGAUGGGUUCUGCAGGACUAUGGCUGGAGUACCGACGGCAUUACGUCAAGACAGUCCUAGACCAGACCUGAGGCCGCAGAUCGGUCAGUUAAAGUCCAGAACGCAUCCCGUCACUUGCUCUAAUGGUUCAGGCAGAAGUAAACGCAUAAGGACGAUAUUCACACCCGAACAGCUAGAGAGAUUGGAGACGGAGUUCGAAAGGCAACAAUACAUGGUGGGACCUGAGCGACUCUACUUGGCUCAUGCCCUACAGCUGACAGAAGCACAGGUGAAGGUGUGGUUCCAGAACCGACGCAUCAAGUGGCGCAAGCAUCACCUCGAGGUGACGCAACAGCGUCUGGCAGUGCUACAGAGGCAUCGCCCCGACGAAAGAGACGACGUGUAGUGAAUGCAGGGCUUAAGACCCGGUUGCUUCUGCGUACCGGCUACCCGAUUCACUAGCUUUUCCAAUAAGCGUCGCCAGUCGCGUGCAUAGAGGGUAUGCAGAUGAUAUAAAAUGAAGAAAAUGUCCAGUACGACUUAUAAAUACUUUCAUUACAUUUUGUAACUCACAAAAUGCGUAUCCUUAGGUUUUUUAAACUCGUACUGGGGAUUUUCUUCAUUUCAUUCAUCUGCAUACCCUGUGCAUCUAUGUACGUUACUGAGCGUCGCGUCGCCUACUGUAAAAUUAAAAAAAAACCCCGAUUCUUAAUAUGGUCCCUUUAAUGAAUCCCUUUCAUUUGAUACCCAUAUUGAAGCAGUUGCCAAAAAAAGUUGGUCGCCAUUUUGUGAAGGGCGGCCAUCUUGGGACGACUUCAUGAAUCAUUACUAUAAACAGUCCCGACUAAUUCACCUUUCAAACAAACUUGAAAUCGGUUAAGAAUGAUACACGCACCCAGACACCCACCCACACACCCACGCACACACCCACGCACACACACGCCCAACAGCCACGCCAAACUUAUAACACCCUGUCGUUUUUGCGUCGGGGGUUAAAAACGUGUGAUUUGAUAGCGACAGUUGUCAACUCAUCGCCUAUUUUGUACUGGGUUAACAGGCGGCCAGCGAUUAUCGACUGUUGGAAAGGUAAUGAAUCGGGCAUUGGUGUAGGUACAUUUUGAGAACAAACCUAAUAACAUUUUGUUCAUACAAAAAAAAAUGGCCGCCAAAUGUGAAACAUUUUUAAGCUAAUAAUAGAAUGUUAUUAAUAAAAACCAAUAAAGAAAAUCGAGUAAAAUAAAACAAUAGUUUUUCGUUAAUAUAAUGGUACACGCGCAAACAAGGGAGUUGAAAUGUUAACAUGACGGCAUAAGAGAGCGUAUCCCAUGACGGCAUACAAGUUGAAGGUCCUUUUUAUACCAGUUUCACAUUAAAAAGUUCUGUUAAGACCUGCUAAUUUAGUACAGUGAAUUUUGUACAAUAGAAUUAGCAAAAUUGUGAAAAAAAGAAUUUUUUAGAGUAAUCUAUCAACUAUUAUUACAAUAUAGUUAUAACUUUGCCUGCACGAAAUAGAUUGAAUUUACUCGCCCACUAUGCUGUCAAAUUUAAAAUGAAAAUUUUGACAGCUCGCAAUAGGGAUGAGACAGUGUAUAAUCGUUAAUGAACCUAUUCGAUUAUCGAUUAUCAUUUUCGUAGAGAUUGGAAUCGAUAGUUGCAUGACAAUGCUGUAUGGUCAGAUUGUUACACAAAACAAACUAUUUGGACACCGAGGCAGCCUCAGUAGUCUUUACAAUAAACAAC